UCUGCAAUCUGCACUGCACUUUCUUAAGUUUGAAUAUUUCGGUAGCUUACAGAAGGAGCAAUGGUUUCAGCUGAUUUUGAUAGUUUACCCACAUUCGGAAGAUCUCUUAUUAAGGUCGAGAAUGUUGAGGAGAUUAUCAAAAGGGAGCUCCAAGAAGUUCCAGAGAGAUAUGUGAGACAUGAUGAACAGAUACCUUCAAUUCCACAUGAUCAAUCUGACUCUAAGCAAAACGUUCCCAUUAUUGACAUGGGCAAGAUUGCACAAGCACAUCACAGAGAAGAAGAGAUCAAAAAGAUUGCUCAGGCUUGUGAUGAGUGGGGAUUUUUUCAGGUUGUUAAUCACGGCAUCCCUCAUUCACUGAUAGACAGGGUGAAAAGAAUUGGGAAAGAGUUUUUCCAGUUGCCAUUGGAAAAGAAACAGAGAUAUUCAGUGAGGCCUGGGAAUCUUCAGGGCUAUGGUCAGACCUUCGUUGUGUCUGAAAGUCAAAAGCUGGAUUGGGGUAAUUUGUUAGGCCUGAUCAUGUCUCCUCCUGAAUGCAGAGAUAUGAACUUGUGGCCUACUGAACCUGCUGAUUUCAGGGAAAAUGUAGAUGCAUACAAUUCUGAAAUUAAAAGACUUGCUGGGCAACUGUUGGCUUUGAUAGCUGAAUCAUUGCAGUUGCCAGCUGACUAUUUUGAGAAGAAAUUUAGCAAUGCAUACCAAAAAAUGAGGAUGAAUUACUAUCCUCCCUGCCUUAGACCUGAUCUAGUUCUAGGACUAAGUGCUCAUGCAGAUCAGGUAGCCCUGGCACUAUUGUUGCAAGAUGAUGAAGUGCCUGGAUUACAAAUCCACAAGGAUAACCAAUGGAAGACUGUGCAAUCAAUUCCCAAUGCCCUAGUCAUCAAUAUUGGAAAUGUGAUUGAGGUUAUGACCAAUGGAAGAUACAAGAGUGUCGUACACAGAGCAAUAACAAACAAGGAGAAGGCAAGACUAUCAAUUGGAGUAUUUUAUGCUCCUGGAUUCACUCAAGAGAUUAGUCCUGCCCCUGAACUGAUUGAUGAUAAUCAUCCCUGUUUGUUCAGGAAAUUUAUACACCAGGAUUACAUGCAAGACUAUUACAGUCGUGGAAAUAGUCUUGGAGCCAAGGCAAAAAGUUCAUUUUAUGAGUAUGCUAGAAUUAAAAAGUAACUAUAGCAAAGUACAAAACAGUACAACUGAUCUCUAUAUGCUCCCCCUUGAUUGAUUGUACACAUAAGAUUGAAUUUGCCUGAUCUUUUUAAUAUAAAUAGUAAAUACAGAUGACAAUGAGUAUUACAUAA